UGGACUUGGGAGUGCUCUCCCAACGUUCAACUUCCAAGUCGAACUUCUAGGAACCUCGAGGCUCGUGUUGACCUCAUGUCGUCUAAAGAGGCAGAUAGAAUCAACGCUGCUCAGCAGACCCUUGAUACCCUAUAUGAGAUCUCGCAGCUGCUUAACACGCAACUUGAUAAGGAGACGCUUGCAACAUGCGUGGGCAUGAUCGAGAGUGGCGUCAACCCAGAGGCCCUGGCAGCUGUUAUUCAGGAGCUGCGUCGUGAAGCUGCUGCUGCACAGAACACACAGCCUGACGUACGAUGAACUGAUAUUUAGCGCGUGUUAUGCAAAAGUUCCCAUACUUGACGGCCGUCGGGUCCGGCUGUGGAUUUGGCCCAUCAGGAUUCAGGGUCUUUUUUAUCGCGGUCGAGUUGUGCCACAUAAGUACUACUGAGCUCGCCCUUCGAGGAGACACUGGGCUUGAUAUGUAACGACUAGCAUAUGGUUUGUUCUGAAUUGUAGCUAUUAGUUAGACUUGAGCACGUUUGAGCCAGUUUGAACUCAGUUGAUGCCGCGGCUGCCGCGCCGGUUCGGUUGAUCAAGAAACGCUUGCAAG